AUGCUACCUUCAGAUCGUCAAGUUUACUCCGAUUCUGAUGAAAGUUUAAAUAAUUUUCCUAGAAAAAAAACUAAAAUAUCAGAUAUAAAUGGACAAUCAUUUGAUAGAGAUAUUUCGACUAAUGAAGGUAGUCAAAAUAAUGAUGACAUUGAAAUGGACAAUUAUUUUGAUCACAAAAAUCAAUAUUUGGAGAAUAAUCAGAAUGUGUCUUCUGGAGUAUCUGACGAUGAUGAUUAUAACGUUAAUAACUAUGAAGAUAGUGAAAGUGAAGAUUAUGUACCUAUUUCAGAUGGUGAAUUUGAAUUAGAAAAAUAUGUAACAAAUGAAACAAAUUCUAAGACAGACGAAACUGAUGGUGAAUCUGUCAAAGAUGUUAGUGUUGGUGUCAAUGAUUAUAAUAAUGAUGAAGAAAGAAUGCCUAAAACUUAUAAACCCAUAAGUAUAGAUAAGGAUGAACUAUAUGAUUUACUAGACAAAUCAUAUAGAGACAAAAACAAAACUCAUAAUGAACAUAAUAAGAAAGUUGUUACUCCAGAUGACUACGAAGAGAAUGAAAAAACUGUGUUGGAGGAAGUGUGUACAAAUCAUUUUGAUAUUUUGCCUGAAAAUUGGAUUGAAGCAAUUCAUAAAAGUGGCAUGCCGGUUUAUUUACACAAGAAAAGUAGAGUUGUAACAUUAUCAAGACCUUACUUUUUGGGACCAGGAGAUCCUAAAUCACAUCUAGCACCAUUGUCAGCAAUUAGUUGUUUACAAUAUAAAAAAGGUCUUGAGAACAAAGAAAUUAUAAAAAAUGAACCCGAUUUUCAUGCUAGUAAACUUGGAGAUAUGAUUAUACCAAAUAUUAAAGUGGAGACUGCACAAGAAAAUAUUAUUAAAGAAUCUUUAACACAUGAGGAAUUACGGGAAUAUUGUCAAUCACUAUUUAAGUUCAAGGCUGAAGAAGUUAAAUCUCCAAAUAAAACACCGAAAGAACAAAAUAUAAAAACAGAAAUUUCUAGAGCUACACUAAAAAAAACCAAGGAAAGAGCUUCGCUUCCAGAUAGUACUAAAUUGAUAUCAUUUCCACUUCAAACUGAGGACCACAAUCAACGAUAUUAUCGUCGCCGAGAAUGGAUAAUGAAUCCAAAUGGUAAAAGUUAUGUGAGCAUAUUACAUGAAUAUUUACAACAAGCAUUGAAAACCCAACCUUUGUAUCAGUUUAAAGAACUUGAAAGUACAGAAACACCUUAUUCUGCAACUGUUGUGCUUAAUGAUGUUCAAUAUGGUGUUGGUUUGGGUAUUAGUAAGAAACAAGCGAAACUUAAUGCAGCCCAAGCCACUUUAGAUAUACUCAUACCUGAAAUGAAAAAUAAAUUAGAUUCAAAUAUCAACAACCAACGUGAUCCAGUAAUAUUUGAUCAAAUUAAAGUCACCGACCCCAGAGUUACUGAAUUCUGUGCUAAAACCUCAGAACCUAAUCCGCAUACUAUGUUAUUAGUGUGUUUGCAGAGAAACUUUGGUGAAUGUGAAAUAGGUAUUGAAUAUAAAUUGAACAAUCAUCGUAGGAUGUUAAAUCAAUGCACAAUGACUGUUGGUAAACACACAGUUUCUAUUCCUUGUAAAAAUAAAAAGAUUGGCAAACAAAAAGCUUCUCAAAUAAUACUGGGUUUGUUACAUCCACAUAUUGAUAAUUGGGGUUCGUUGUUACGGCUUUACGGUAACCGAAGCAUUAAGAAUGCUAAAGAAAAAAAACAAGAAGAGCAAGAAAUCACUCAGCUCCAGAGUAAAGCUGCUGUAAAUCAACCAAAUUUUGCUAUACUAAAUAAACUUAAAGAAGAAAUGUUAAAAAUUAGAGACCAAAGAAAAUUAAAAGAAACCAAUGAAAUGUUAGGAUUACCUCCGACAAUGCUUGCUACAACAUGUCCAUAUACCAUAGCAAUUCCAUCAUCAUCCACAAGUCCUAACUAACAAAUACUUUUGAGUAGUUUAUUUUCUAUUUGCUUAAGGGGGGAGGGGGCUCCACACUACUGCAUUCUAAGGAACAUAUACAAUUUUUGUACACAACUUCUUAUAUCCAC